GCCGGGCGGAGCUGGUGGGAGUAUGGCGGUGCUCAGGGCGCUGCUAGUGAUGGGCGUGAGCGGCGCGGGAAAGUCGACCGUGGGUGCUGUGCUGGCCUCUGAGCUGGGCUGGAAAUUCUAUGAUGCCGAUGACUACCAUCCAGAGGAGAAUAGAGUGAAGAUGGCAAAGGGGAUACCGCUGACUGACCAGGACAGGAGUCCAUGGCUCUGCAACUUGCAUGACAUUUUACUAAGAAGUGGAAUUGAUGGAUCACAUGUUGAAGAGCCUCCACACUGGUUUGCACAAUGCCUGAAGAAAUUCACACUCCCAGAAUUCCAAGAAGAAUGCAUGAAUUCCUCUUUCUCUGUAGGCUCACUAGCAUUUUGUGCUUUUGAUAACGGCCAUUCUAACCUGGACAAAAUUGUAUCUUAUUGUUUAACUCUCAUUUCUCUGAUUAGUGACACUGAGUAUUUUUCAUGUAUUUGCUGGCCAUUUGUAUAUCUUCUUUUAAGAAAUAUCCAUUCAGAUCAUUUGCCCAUUUUUAAAAUAGAAUUUUAUUGUUGAAUUCCACAUAUAUAUUCUGUAUAUUAAUCCCUUGUCAGGUGAAUAGUUUGCAAGACUUCUACUGUACACGUUGUCUCUUAACUCUAUUGUUUCCUUUGCUGUGCAGAAGUGUCUUAACUUUAUGUAACUGCUUGUCUAGUCAUUUCUGUAGCUUAUAUUUUGGGGAUUUACCCAAACAAUCUCUGCCCAGCCCAAUAUAUUGAAGUAUUUGCCCUAUAAGCCCUUAAUCUUUGAUUUGAACUGAUUUUUUAUAUGGAGUCAAGCAAGGGGCAAGUUUUAUUCACCUUCAUUACACAUGUCGAGAUUUCCCCACCACCAUGUAUUGAAGAGCCUGUCCUUACGUUCUUGGUGCCUCUGUUGAAAACUAGUUAGUUGUAAAAACAAUUAAUUUCUGGAUUUUUAAAAUUACGUUCCUCUGGUUUAAGGGUCUUUUUUAAUGGAAAUAACAUGCAGUUUUGAUUAUGAAUGCUUUGUAGUAUUUUUUGAAAUAAGAUUAUCAAGAUGCCUCCAGCUUUGUUCUUUCUGCUCAGCUCAGGACUGUUUUGGCUAUUCUGGGUCUUUUGUGCUCCCACACAAAUUUUCUGAUGGUUUUCUUUAGUUCUGUGAAGCCCAUCACUGGUGUUUUGAUAGGGACCGCAUUAAGUCUAUAGAUUGUUUUCAGUAUUAUAGACAUUUUAACAAUACUAACUUCCCCAAUCUGUGAGCAUGAGGUCUAUUAUUUUUGUUUGCUCCAAUUUCUUUCAUCACUAUUUUAUACUUUUCAUUGAAGAGCUCUUUCAUUUCUCUGGUUAAAUUGUUUCCUAGUACUAUUGUUCUUGUUUUGUGUCUUUUAGCUCUUGUGAAUAGUAUUACAUUUUUUCUUUCA